UAACAAUAGACGAACCCGUGAAAAACGAAAGUUUGACGUGCUCGGGUUUUUUGUCUAAAAAUAAUUGAAUAAUAACAAAAAUAAAAGAUGUUUUCUGACGAGGAAAUAAAAGAAAGCGGCUUCAUGAGACCCGGCGAUGAGAUAAUAAGCAUUCAUGAAAUAUAUCUGAAUGAUAAGUAUGAUAAAAAGGAUUGGGGUUUCAAUAGCGAGCCACUUUUGUCAAGUUCGAGCCGAAACAAUCUGGAGUUUUCCCGUUUCUUGCGAGAUGGCUUUUAUCCAGAAGGUCUUGAGCCGUCUCAGGCAAAGUUCGCGUGGACUGAGGAAGACGGCAACAUUGCUUCGUUGGUCUCCGAGCCAGGGUUCGGUAGUACGUUUGACAAGGAAUUGGAUAGCGCCUUGGCCACUCAAAUGAAGGAAGCGGAUACCUCAAGUUCUGUGAUUCACAAGAAGAGCAACGGAUAUGUGUUCGCAACUAAACCCUACGUCGAGUCCAACGAUGUGUCCUCCACAUCGGGUGCUACAUCAGAACCGGAAGCAAAUAAGGGAAAGGGCAAAUGCAAGAUCGACAAAGAAGAUCCUCGAUCUAGGUUCCACUACGUGAAGUAUGUGAAGAGACAUGGCCGUACCGUCAAGCUGUGGGAGUGUGGUAUAUGUAGCCGAGAGUUUCAGCACCAGUACACCCUGAUGCGGCACCUGCCCACCCACACGGAUGAGAGGAACUACCACUGUGUCGAGUGCUCCAAGAGUUUCCGACAGCUGUCCACUCUAAGCCAGCACCGUGCGAUACACUCCGCCGAGCGACCUUACUCUUGUGAGGUCUGCAACAAGACAUUCAACCGAGUGUCGACGUUGAUCUCUCACCGCAAGACUCAUUACGAUGAGAAACCAUACAAAUGUCACAUUUGCCCGAAAGGCUUCCAUCAGAAAGGCAAUCUACGCAACCAUCUGUUUACUCAUACUAACGAACGCCCGUAUCGCUGCAACAUUUGCAAGAAAGGCUUCAAUCAGCAGUCAAACCUUGUGUGUCAUAAGAAUAAGACUCAUCCUGAUGAAAGCAACGGCACUCCUGUAUACAAGAACAAAGUUUCAACUCAAGCUCUUCGCCCGCGUACCGGGAAAAUGAAGCCGAAUCCAUCAAGAUCGGCCCCAGAACAAUGUGAAGUCACUUCAUCAGUCGGGCCGUACAUACCCUCGGAGAACAGCUUCAAGGAAGAUUUGAAGGUCUCUUCCGACAUCUGGGGCACUGGAGUCAUCGUGGAUCAGAUAAAGACUUACCACAUGGGUGUUGCCAUGGCGACAAGGCAGACGCCGUUUGCCCUGCUCAACUCUGACAACGAAGCGCCUGUGCUUGUUAAAGUUGUGGAUACCAAGUUGCCAGGCGGAAAACAGAUGCUGGUGCCCGCUACAGCAGAAGAUCUCAGGACUGGCGGAAAGAUUGUCCUCAACGAUGACAGUUUAAGUGAGCAUAACGUAGAUCCUUCAAAUGAGAGCGGCGCCGUUCAGAUCCGUGUGCCCAUUGUGGCGACCGUCAUACCGAAGAUCAAGGCUGGGGUCCUACACCUCACCGUGGAAGAACCUCACCACGCCUAUCAUACUGCCUUGUCCACAGACGCGGAAACACACCAGACGGAAUCUUGCAGCAUGUUGAAGUCGCAUCACCUCUCCAUCAAAACCGUGGAACAGUUGAACAAUCAGCAACUUAACCGGGAAAAUAUAAAGCCAGGUCCAAGUUUAUCAUAUUGUACCCUGCCGCCUCCCGCGCCGUCUCCGCCGCUGGAUCUGAUUCCUCUCGAUCUCUUCGAACCCAUGGAGAUGUCGAUGCCACACAUGGGCUCUUCAUUAUCGUCGAUGAACACAGACAAGUCACUGAUUUCUGAACACUCCGACGAUUCAGAUAUAUUUAUCUGUAAAUUUGAGGAAAGCAUUCCACUCUCCGACUCUGAUUGAUUGAAAAUAAGUGAAGCAGUCUUAUGAAUUUAAGCUUAAUGAUUUAUUGUAAAAAAUAAUUAAAAUGAAAUGUUUCAUAUAA